AUGCCCAAAAAUCUUCUGCUGAUUUUGCUGAUCUUGGGAUUCUGCCGCGCGGCGGCUCAAGACGCGGAGCUUCCGCUUCUCGCCGAGCUCGUCAAUCCCGCACAACACUAUCAGUUGCGCGACAUUUUGUCGACGAUUUUCGAUUUGGAUACGAUUCAGGCGGCUGCGGAUUCCGCGAGCGUUUCCGCGGGUGACUCGCGGCAGAAGCCCGAGUAUACGGACAGGUUGAGCAGUAUUUCGGAGCUGAAUCGGGGGAAAAGGUAAGCGGAUUACUGUAGGGUUACUGUAGAGCUUCAUUUUGAUACCAAAUAUGACUAGGAAUUUUUAGAUUAAGAAAAUUUUAUUUUUAAUCUUCAAAAAAUUUUGCCACGUGGAAAACGUGUACUGUAAUUGUUGAACUUCGAAUUAUGAUCACAAAAUUGUCUAGGGCUACUGUAGAGCUUUAUUUCAAUACCAAAAAUGACUAGAGUUGGGUUACUGUAGACUUCUAGGCCUAGAUUACUGUAGAUCUCUGAUCGAAAAAGUCUUGCCACGUGGCAAAUGAGUACUGUAAUUUUUGAAAUUUCAAAUUUUUAGUCCAAAUAUGUCUAGGACUACUGUAGAUUAUCUCAACUUCUUUAAAAAUCUGAAAUUCUAGAUUCAAAAAAUUUCCAAAAAAUUUUACGUUUCAAAAAUUUGUGAAAAUUGCAAAUUUUCCAAUCAUUCGAUUGUUGUACAAAUUCCUACAUUCAAAAUUACCGUACUCAUUUGCCACGUACCUAGUCAUAUUUGGUAUCAAAAUAGAGCUCUACAGUAGCCCUGGACAAAAAUCAAUACAGUAUUGCCACGUCAUAACUCGAUGUUUUUAGAAAUCUCCUCUUCCAAGGUGACAUUCAUCUAUCACGCGAUCAUUUGGCUAAUAUUGUUCGUGAGCAACUAAAUCACAAGAGGAAAAAGCGCACGGCAUUUCGAAAUUCUCAAUAUCCUCAUACAAUUUGGAAACCCCAUGUUCCCUACACGUUUCACAAGAGUUUGAGUAAGUCCUGACAAGUAGCCGCGCCUUGAGAGUGUUUGUAUCAAGGAGCUGCGCCUUGUGAACACCUCUGUCAAGGAGCCGCGCCUUGCAAGUGUUUAACUCAAGGAGCCGCGCCUUGUGAGCUCUCAAACCACAAAUUUCCAGCCCCAAAAGCUCGUGCAUCUCUGGAAGCCGCCAUUCAAUUUUGGCACCAAAACACUUGUGUGAAUUUCAAAGUUCGGACGACGGAAAAAGUCUAUUUGGCCAUGUCUGGCCAGGAAGACGGAUGUUGGAGUACUGUGGGCCGGGAUGAAGCUCAGGGUGCGCAGAUUUUGAAUAUUGGAAAAGGUUGUGAGAUGGUGAGUGAAAGUUAUUUGAAAGAAGUUAGGGUAACUCUGGACCUAGCGGGCAAUUUUGAAAAUUAAUAGCACCUAGAGAUUCAGCGCGAAAUUUUGAUCUAGAAGCAUUUCUGAGAUUUUUGAAAAUUUCAAAAUUUUGAAAAAAGGUGACCCCCCUCUAUAAAAGUUAAGGGGGGGGGGUCACAUUUUCCGGAAACAGGCGGAAUCAUGAAAAAACAAUAGCACCACGAGAAUCAGCGUGAAAUUCUGAUCUGGAAACAUCUACAAAACCCAAAUGGUGGAACUGGUAACACGGCUGCCUAUUGAGUUGAGGGUCACAGGUUCGAACCCACCUCGGAACUAUUUUUUUUGAAAAUCAUAGUUUCCCGGGUCAGAAUUUUGUGCUGAAUCUUGUAGUGAGAUUUAUUUUGCUAGAAAAUGUAAGAUACUUAGGCUAACUCCAAAAUCAUUGGAGCUAGAAGAAUUCUGAGAUUUGGAAGUGAAUCAAUGCAAAAUUUUGAUCAUGAAACUCCUCUUAAACUCGAGAAAAUCUUACAUAUGAGAUGAGAUGGUGCAACUGGUAGAAGGUCUGCCUAUUGAGCUAAGGGUCAGAGGUUCGAACCCACCUCGGAACUAUUUAUAGUUUCCCGGGUCAGAAUUUUGUGCUGAAUCCAGUGAAAACAUCCAGAAUAAUCGCAAAGCCCCACCUUUUUGCAGUUCGGCGUAACAUCCCACGAACUCGCACACGCUCUCGGCCUCUUCCACGAGCAAUCCCGAUACGAUCGCGAUUCCUACGUGCAAAUCAUCAAAUCCCGCAUCGCCAGGCAAAACUUCUACGAUUUUGCGAUCGUCGGACCAAGCAACAUGGAUACCUAUAAUGAGAUUUAUGAUAUUGGAAGUGUUAUGCACUAUAGGCCGACUGAAUUCAGUCAAGAUGGAGGAAAUACGAUAAAUGCGAAUGAUGUGAAUAUGCAGGGAACUAUGGGACAAUUUCGGGGACCGAGUUUUUUGGAUGUUAAGAAGAUUAAUAAGCAUUAUGAGUGUGAUAGUGAGUUUUGAGAGGGGGACGGGUUAACAUUUGACACGUGGCAGGUUAGGGCUGCUGUAGAGCUUCAUUUUGAUACCGAAUAUGACUAGGCACGUGGCAAAUGAGUACGGUAAUUUUGAAAUUCGGAAUUUGUACAACAAUCGAAUGAUUUGAAAAUUUGCAAUUUUCACAAAUUUUUGAAACGUAAAAUUUUCUGGAAAAAAUUUUUUUUGAAUCGAGAAUUUCAGAUUUUUAAAGAAGUUUAGAUAAUCUACAGUAGUCCUAGACAUAUUUGGACUAAAAAUUUGAAAUUUCAGAAAUUACAGUACUCAUUUGCCACGUGGCAAGACUUUUUCGAUCAGAGAUCUACAGUAAUCUGGGCCUAGAAGUCUACAGUAACCCAACUCUAGUCAUUUUUGGUAUCAAAAUAAAGCUCUACAGUAGCCCUAGCCAAUUAUUUUUUGCUUAUUUUGACUUCGAAAAUUGAAAUAUAAAAUCUCAUGCUACAAUUUGCCACGUGUCAAAAAAUUGGUCAAGAAAAAUCCCUCAGAGGCUAACAUGAGCAAUGUUUUUUCUCCAUCUCAAAAAUGCUCUAAAUUUUCGGCCAUAACAUGAGCAAUGCCCCAAAUUUCCUACAAAAUAUGAGCAAUGCUCGAAAAAAAAUGUUUCAAGUUCAUCCAGUUGUUAACAUGAGCAAUGCUCUGAUUUUCCGGAAUAUUUUGGUCAACAAAAAUUCUGGGGUUUCUAGCAUGAGCAAUGCAUCAAUUUUUCAAAAAAAAAAUCCACGUUGAUUUUCCACAUAAAAAUGUUUUUACCAUGAGCAAUGUAAAAAUUUUUCUAGAAUUUACUAUUUAAAAAUUACAAGCAAGGAUUUAAUUUUCCUCAGAGGUUAACAUGAGCAAUGCUAUAAUUUCACCCGAAAAUUUUCGAAUUUCGGGUCCAGAAAAUACAAAUUUUCAUCUCUAGCAUGAGCAAUGCUCCAAAUUUCCUACAGAAAUCUGCAAAAACGCUCUAAAAUGUGCCAACGGCGGCUACCAACACCCGCGAAAAUGCGAUCAAUGCAUUUGUCCAACCGGAUUUGGUGGCAAAACUUGCGACGAUAUCGACGUGGCAAAUCCGGCAAAAUGCCGUGGAGUUUUGACAGCCAGUGAGGAGCAGCGGAAAUUUACGAUUAACAUUAAGCCUAAGGCUACGGCUAAGGGCAUAAGACAGUGUAAUUAUCACAUACAGGUUGGUUUUCGGGAAAAAAAUUGGGUAUUUUUGAUACCAAACAUGAGAUGUUCAUAUUGAAAAUGCCACGUCAUAGCUUUAAAAAAAUUUUGGACUCAAUCACAUUUUUUCAGGGCAGAAUGCCACGUCAUAAGCUUGAUUUUACUCAGAACAGUUUUCGAAAUGGGUAUCGUUUUUCCACACACAUCACAAAUUUUAUCACACAUUUUUGAAACGUAAUUUUUUUGGGAAAUUUUUUUGCAAUUGAAAAUUUUGGAUUUUUCUCAGGUGAUUGUGGUCUACAGUAAGCCUGGGCUAAAUUCACAGUUGAAAAAAAUUACCGUACUCAUUUUUUGCCACGUCAUGACUUGUUCAUAGUCAUAUUUGAUAUCAAAAUGAAGCUUUACAGUAGCUCUACAGUAAUCCGGGCCGCAAAAAUCUACAGUAACUCAAACAUAGUCAAACUUGGUAUCAAAAUGAAGCCCUACAGUAGCCCUAGCCAAGUCUGUUCUCAGAAAACUACAGUACUCGUUUUCUACGUGGCAAAAUUUAAAAAAAUCCUACUCAUAUUUGAUAUCAAAAUGAAGCCCUACAGUAGCUCUACAGUAAUCCGGACCGCAAAAAUCUACAGUAAUCCAACCAUAGUCAAAUUUGGUGUCAAAUUAAAGCCCUACAGUAGUCCUACAGUAAUCCACAUCUGCAAACCUACAGUAACCCAAACCUAGUCAUAUUUGGUAUCAAAAUGUAGCUCUACAGUAACCCUAACCUGCCACAUGUCAAAUUUCCAGGCUCCCGAAGGCAAAAAGAUCGUGAUCUACCUCGAUUCAGUGAUCGGAAACUGUGUGCAAGGUUGCUACGAAGAAGGUGUCGAGCUGAAAAUGUACGCUGACAAAACUGUGACCGGCGCCAGAUUUUGCUGCAAACUCAAAAAGCCGCAGAUCCUGGUCUCGCAGACGAAUCUGGUCCCGAUUAUUCUGAUGGCCGGGAAAGCUCAGGCUUUUGUGCAGCUCAGAUAUUCCUAUGGUAAGCUGAGAUGAGCUGAAAUUUUCAAAUUUUCAGCCAAAAAUUUCGAAUUUCAGUCGAUUCCCCGCUAUCCCGAAGUCCAAUCUCAGCUUCGCAAUCAAUUUCUCAAACCUCGCAACCAUCUUCAAAUUUCCAAUCGAAAUUCGAGGAUUUGAAAAUCGAUAGUGAGAAAAUUCGACAGGAUCAUCUGAUUUCGCAGAAUGCGACGACGACGAAUUCGAGCGAUUUUGAAGAGCUAUAUAGGAAAUCACUUUUUUGA